CAUUAGGCAAACACAGGUAACUGCUCAGGGCUUAAAAUCUCCGGGGGCCCUCAAAAUCUCAAACUAGUUAAUACAAUUUUCCGUUAUUUAAAACAAUAUUGUUUUAAACGUAAUUCUUGUUCCUAAAAACACAUUCAAAUCCUGAAUCCAUCAUGAUCGUUUCAAGUGCUCCCCUGUCUUUUCUCAUGCAAUGGGCUAUUCCAUCACCUUACUCUGCAUGUACAGACUCGAUUCUGGAAAAGUGUAGUGAAACAAACUUGUUGGUGGAUUGUGUGAAAAAUGAUGCAGAGACUUCUUGUGGAGUAAAAGGAGCAGUGAAUAAACACAAGCCGUGGAUUGAAACAUCAUACCAUGGGGUAAUCACCGAAAACACUGACGUCGUUCUGCUUGAUCCACCUCUGUUAGCGCUGGACAAAGAUGCCCCCACCCCAUAUGCAGGGGAGAUCUGUGCAUUCAACAUCCAUGGGUUGGAGGCUCCUUUCGAGGCAGUAGUACUGAACGGUACAUCUGGGGAGGGCCAACUGAGGGCUCGUGAUCUGGUGGACUGCGAACUGCAGAAGGAAUAUACAUUUAUCAUUCAGGCUCAUGACUGCGGUUCAGGCCCAAGGGGCACAGCGGGAAAAAAGUCCCACAAGGCAGUGGUCCAUAUUCAAGUCAACGACGUUAAUGAGUUUGCUCCAGUGUUCCGGGAGCCCAAGUACCAAGCUGCAGUGACAGAGGGCAAGAUUUAUGAUAGCAUCCUUCAAGUGGAAGCCACUGAUCAGGACUGCUCACCUCAAUACAGCCAGAUCUGUAACUACCAGAUCAUCACAACUAACACCCCCUUUGCAAUAGACCGCAAUGGUAACAUCCGAAAUACAGAGAAACUGAGCUAUGACCAAGAGCACCAGUAUGAGAUCCAGGUGACGGCCUGGGACUGCGGCCAGAAGAGAGCCUUGCACAGCAUUCCUGUCCGAAUUGACGUCAAGCCUGUCUGUAAACCCGGUUGGCAAGGUUGGACGAAACGAGUUGACUAUGAACCCGGAACAGGAACCAAACAAUUGUUUCCGAAAAUGCAUCUGGAGACCUGUGGUGGGCCGCUAUCAUCUGCUAGGACCACAGUAGAGCUGCUGAACAGUCACAUCGGAAAGGGAUGUGACCGUGAGACCUACUCUGAGAAGUCCCUGCAGAAACUAUGUGGGGCCUCAUCGGGCAGCACUGACCUUCUGCCCGCCCCCUCCGCAGCCACUAAUUGGACAACUUCUCUGAUGACAGACAACGGAAAGGACAGUGACUUGAUUUUCAGGUUUGAUGGUCACCAGGCAGCUAAAAUCCCAGACUGGGUGGUCCCCCAGAGCUUGAUGGACCAGUUCACGAUAGCAACCUGGAUGAAACACGGGCCCAGUCCCGGUCUCAGGGCUGAAAAGGAGACUCUUCUUUGUAAUUCUGACAAGACAGAGAUGAAUCGUCAUCACUACUCCCUGUAUGUCCACAAUUGCCGCCUUGUGUUUCUGCUAAGGAGGGACUUUACUCAGGUGGAUACUUUCCGACCUGCCGAGUUCCACUGGAAACUGGACCAGAUCUGCGACAAGGAAUGGCAUUACUAUGUUAUCAAUGUCGAGUUUCCAGUGGUGACUCUCUAUGUGGAUGGAGUGACAUAUGACCCAUACCUGGUGACUGAUGACUGGCCCAUUCACCCGUCACAGAUCGACAUGCAGCUCACAGUUGGUGCCUGCUGGCAAGGUGGUGAGGUGGCCAAGCCAAGGUUUACUCAGUACUUCAGAGGCAGUUUAUCUGGAUUGACAAUCCGACCAGGAAAGAUUGAGAGUCAAAAAGUAAUUUCCUGUCUACAGGCUUGCAAAGAAGGACUGGACAUCAACUCCCUUGAAAGUUUGGAUAAGAGCAUCAAGUUUCACUUUAACCCAGCUCAAUCCAUUCUGGUGAUGGAGGGAGAUGAUUUAGAAAACGUGAAUGCUGCAGUGAGAAAGGUCUCCUACAUAAACUCACGACAGUAUCCAACUCCAGGGGUCCGACAUUUUCGGAUCUCUACUACUGUCCAGUGUUUUGGUGAAGACACUUGCAUCAUCAUCCCUGAUAUUGAGGCGGUAGUAAUGGUGUUGCAGCCCAGCGAGCCCAGGAUAACCAUAACUGGAUUGGAAAGACAGCGUCGGCCUGCUUCUGACUUUAGGCGGCCAGAAGGUGUUGCGCUAUUUCAGCAGCUCCACAUCAUCAGGACGGUCACCAGAGGAGAUGCUGUUGCCCCUAAUACAGACCAAAGACAAGGACUUCUGGAAGAGGUAAUCCACAAUUUGGACUACUGUGACAUCCUGGUAUUGGGGGAAGAGUUGAGGCCUGACCAGGAGUCACUCCAACUGCCACGCCGCAUCCUGCUUGGAAAGCACCUCGAUGCCACUAAUUCCACAUCUGGGAUGUCCAUAUAUGGUGUGGACUCCAUGGUUAACUACGAAGAUGUGAUCCGAGAGGUGCGUUAUUACAACUGGCGACCGGAACACCUAACACAGAAAAGGUUCCGUCUCACAUGCUCGGAGCUCAACGGACGCUACACCAGCAAUGAGUUUAAGUUGGAGGUGAUUAUCCUCCAGAGUUCAGAGGUUACAGAACAUAUCAGUCGGACUGUGGCCCCACCUCAGCACAUGAAGAUAGUCCACUAUACAUCUAUGGUUGAUGAACUGUACCCUGAGCACAGCUCAGGGGUGCCCAGUGCCGCCACUAUGGUGAUUGUGAUGUGCAUCACCACCCUGGUGGUGGUGGUGGUGUUAGGCAUCUACCACAUCCAUCUAACCCACCAACAAGAAGUCAAGCUGUCUGAGACUAUCAAAAAAGAAGAUGGAACCUGCGACAACUCAGUCUUGUCCAUCACUGUCAACCCGAUGGAGAAUCUGCAGGAUCCCCAGUUCGCAGAGGAGGAGGCCAGCGAGGAAGAGGAUGAAGAUGAUGAUGAUGGGGAAGAGGAUGACGACGUCACCAGUGCAGAGUCCGAUGACAGCGAGCAAGAAGUAGACGUCCAUCUGCCCAGGAUGCAAGGAAUCAAGCGCCUGAAAUGGGAUAAAACUACAAUAUCUUAUUGAAACUCUCAAUCAUAAACGUAUAAAAAAUGAUUCACAUGUCUGUCAUAAAACAUCAAAUAUGAUGGCUGACUCACGUGCUAUCUGGUGGACAUGCAAUUUGUGGCAUCGAAAAAUGAUAUAAUAUCUCCCCCUACUGGAAUAAAAUACACUCAAACGCCGAGACGUGUAAAAAAAAAUUGUCUAAAAUCAUCUUUCCCUCAAUUUAAAUAGCAACAGUGAAUAUUUAUUUCACAUUCAGUCACACAAUUUAGUCGAUUUUGAUGGAAUACAUUCUGCAAAGUUUGACAACUUGCAAAAAUGUACAGUAUAUUGUUAUUCUGGUUUAUAUACAAUAUUUAUCGUAUCCAUUUUAAUCCCUGCCCUUGUGGCAAAUUCAGGUGAUUUUACUAAAAGAAGAAGUCAAGGGAACUCUAAUAUAAAAGUUUUUUUGUUUUUUUAAAGUGAGAAAAGGAACCGCGUGGUGACCACGUCACGUCAAAUUCAACAAGGGAUGAGAGUUUUGUGUUUUGGGGUUAGAUCGAGAAAUGCCCUUGUACAUUUUUAUACACUUUGUUGUAAAUAAAGAGUUAGUACGUGAUCCCCACCUACUACCGCUAUCCUUAACACAGGCAUACACACUUGACCCAGACUCUCCUCACCACCUGUACAUAAAUGUCAUCUCGCUUCAUUUUCCAUGUACUGUAUACACUUCUGAAUCUUUACUCUGCAGAAAUAGUUGGUGGUCCCUCAGUCCCUUUAUAUGUUUCAGCUCAGUGUUCGGUUGGGUUUGUGUUUUGUAUGUUCGGAUGUGUCACCGUCUCCUUGGUUACCGCGGCAAUUUACAAAAUCCACUAGGCAAGCUGUACAUAUUUUCAAAAAAGAAAGUAGCCUUUUGAGAUUUAAUAUCCGCCAUCACCGCUUCUCGACAAAAAUAAGAAUUUAACAAAUGACAGCUUUUUGCAGUGCAAUCAUAUGAUUUCUCUGUCCCGCACGCCAGCACAAAUCAGAACACGGCACCUCCAAUGUCUGCUCGUCACCGGAAAUAGGGACUGGGCUGGACCUGGACAGGUACGGGAACUUGAGUAUAUUGGGGUUCACUGGACUAACAAAACCAUACUUCUGUUGUUUCUCAUUUUUCUUCUAAGCGUGGGGGGAGGAGGGGGGGGUUGCUGUAAGAGGUAAUAAAUCCUACAAAUAUGCUAUCCAACAGGUGCAGCAAUAGUCAAAUUAGUACUGACACAAUGGCUAAGUUUUUUUUUUAAUGUGUCAUGAAUCUCAACAUAUUUAAGAGUUCCUAUUUGGGAAAGUGUAUUCAUAUAGCCUGCUGGAAUAUUUGUUGUGUGUGAUGAAUGUUAAAGUUACUAUCACAAUGAGACUGAUUGGCUACUUUCAACGUGGUAAGUACUGUAUUCCAAAACCUCAAAUCAAAAAUGUGACUAGAGUGGCGUGACACAUUUGAUAUAAUUGAAAAAGUCUCACUUUGAUGAGCGGUUUUCCCUAUUUUUCUCUCUACAGCUUUAACUCACCUCCAAACUUCUAUGACAAAUAAUGCAUUCAGCAAAUGCUUUUAUAGCACAGAAACACAUGGAGAAGAUGAUAAUAUUUUCAAACACUGUUUAAUGAAUGCCCCGAGCCACUAAAACUGAGUAUGUGUAUACUGUAGCACUAUUAUAUGUUCAUGUAAAAUACCUGUUUAAAAGUUUAUCACGUUGGUCUUGUGAUGUCACCCCUUUCACUAACUUUGCUCAUCUCCUGCAACCUUCUGGUGCGUUUUUCAUCGAGUCCUAAUGUUGACCUGACAUUUGUUUUAGAAAAAGGAAGACAAUGCAGUAAACAUGGAAAAAUUGUAUAUUGUGUAAAAUGUAUUAAUUUCUUUGUUUUUUCAUUUUUAUUUAUUUUUUUUACUUUUGUCUAUUUUGCUUUGGAAUGGUCAGUCACUGCAGCACUUUGUGUAAAUUGACCAAUA